AUGGCUUCCGUGCCCCCCACCAGCUGGCAGGACUUGGGCUGCGCUGCACCCCCUCUUUCGGGGAAAGGAGGCCGCAGCCGCAGACACCUGGGGCCCGAGGUUCGGGGCGCGGGGGGUGGGGGGGGCACUUCGCAGCCGCCAGAGCGUUGUCCAACACGUGAGACUCAUGUGAUGAAGCCGGGGAGGCGGGCAGGUCGCUCCUUCCCUCCCCGGCAGCGGCCAGACUUCCAGUCGUUCAGACUGCUAGCUGCCAGCGCGCAGAAGCGCGCGCCCCAUGGAGCGGAUCGCGCCAGCUACCUUCCUACCUGCCUGCCCAAAGCGCCAGGACUGGAGCACGGAGACCUGUCAGGGGAUGGAUUUGCCCACAUGUACCAAGUGUACAAGUCCAGACGGGGGAUCAAACGGAGCGAGGACAGCAAGGAAACUUACAAAUUGCCGCAUCGGCUGAUUGAGAAAAAGAGACGUGACCGGAUAACGAGUGCAUUCCAGUUGAAGGAUCUCCUACCCGAACACCUCAAACUUACAACUUUGGGUCACUUGGAGAAAGCAGUGGUCCUAGAGCUUACCUUGAAGCAUGUAAAAGCAUUGACAAAUCUGAUUGAUCAGCAGCAACAAAAAAUCAUUGCCCUGCAGAGCGGAUUGCAAGCUGGUGACUCAGCAGGAAGAAAUAUCGAAGCAGAAGAAAUUUGCUCAGGUUUCCAGACGUGUGCCCGGGAGGUGCUUCAGUACCUGACCAAACAUGAAACUCGGGACCUGAAGUCUUCCCCUGUCACUCAUCUCCACCGCGUGGUCUCCGAGCUGCUGCAGGGUGGUACUUCCGGGAAACCAUCGGACUCGGCUCCCAAAGCCAUGGACUUCAAAGAGAAACCCAGCUUGGCCAAGGGAUCAGAAGGGCCUGGGAAAAACUGUGUGCCAGUCAUCCAGCGGACUUUGCCCCCUCGGGGGGGAGAGCAGAGCGGAAGUGAUACGGACACAGACAGCGGUUACGGAGGUGAAUUGGAGAGGGGUGAUUUGCGCAGUGAGCAGUCCUACUUCAAGAGCGAUCACGGUCGCAGGUUCACCAUGGGAGAACGAGUCAGCACGAUCAAGCAAGAAUCUGAAGAGCCCCCCAAAAAGAGCCGAAUGCAGCUCUCAGAUGAGGAGGGCCACUUCACUGGCAGUGACCUGAUGGGUACCCCGUUUCUGGGCCCCCACCCACAUCAGCCUCCCUUCUGCCUGCUCUAUCUCAUCCCACCUUCGGCAACGGCCUACCUGCCUAUGCUGGAGAAAUGCUGGUACCCACCCUGUACCAUUAUUAUACCCAGCCUCAAUACCUCUGCAGCAGCCCUCUCCAGCUUCAUGAACCCAGACAAGAUCCCGACUCCCUUGCUCCUGCCCCAGAGACUCCCUUCUCCCUUGGCACAUUCGUCCCUUGACUCUUCGGCCUUGCUCCAGGCUCUGAAGCAUCCCCCUUUAAACUUAGAAACCAAAGACUAAACUCUUGAAAGAGAAUCUGCUGCUGCUUCGCUUUCCUUCCUCCCUGAUUCCAAAACCACAAAGGUCGGCCCUCCAUGCAGACCCACAUAGGAGAUUCAGAGUGUGUGUGUGUGUUGUGUGUGGUGUGUGUGUGUGUGUGUGUAUGUAUAGGACAUUAAGUUCCUUCUGACACAGGGAAGACACGAAAAGGA